UCCGCUCAGCUCGCUCCACCCUCUCCGCCAGCCAAGGGCAGCCUCACUCAAGAUGAUGGGCCCGGGUCUGUGCUCGCUUCUUCUAUCCUUUUGCCUCGCCCUCAGUUCCUUGCAACCAGCCAAGAGCAAGCCCCUCUCCCCCAUGCCGGAGCCGGCGUCGCUGACUCGCCACCGGAGAGAAGCCCUGCCCUACGAGGCCGGCAUGUUGGCCUACCCGCCGAGCGAGGCGAUGCCCCCAGCGUUGGGCCCCGGUGAGCGGCAGCAGCUGGAGCGGCUGGCCUUGGGCUUGGCGCUGGGACCGGAGCCGCUGGAGCAGGCCCUGCGGCGGUUGGCGGAGGAGGAGCGGCGGCGGAGGGAGGAGGAGCGGGAGGCCGUCUACUUGAGCCGCUUGCUGCGGGCCUGGCGGGACUUGGGGCUGGCCGAAGACUACCCGGCCGAAGGGAGGCCGAGGGGCGGCUACCGGGACUACGAGGAGCCGGCGGCCCGGAGCCAAGUCUAUGUGCCAGCCCGGGGGAGGGGAGAGGAGGCGGAGGAGGAGCAGGGCGAAGGCGAGGAGGAGGAAGCCAUGCGCUACGUGCUGGGCCGGCUCCUGGCUGAGGUCGAGGCGGCCGGAGCAUCAGGAGGUGCCCGGAGGGUGCGGAGGAGCCCGGAGCUGAGCCCCGCGGCGCCCAACCUGCUGCGGGUCAAGCGGCUGGGGGAGGAGGAGGGUCCGGGGGGACAGGUUCCGAGCGACGGGCCGAUGGGCCGUCCAAGGGGGCGGGGGAGCCUCUCAGGGAUGGGGGCAGCGGCGGGGAUUCCCCGCGAUCGGAGGUACCUCCCGGACGUGUCCUUCCUGCCUGAGUGAACAGAUCCCCGGCUCCCCUCCACCACCCCACACUACCCACGCCCCGGUCUGCCCUCUCCUCACGGCUGGAGGGUGGGGCGGCCGCUCGCCGUGUCCGCGCGUCUCUCGUCUAUAAACUUAAUACCUUGGACUCAAUAAAAUACUACUGACAACGCCGGAG